CUCGUCGUAAACAAAAUCAAGAUUUAUAAUUUUUGGAUAUUCAUAACAUAAAGAAGAAGAAUCUUAUUGCUAAUCUAUAGUAAUAUGGCCUCAAAAGAAUUCGGACAAAGUGAAUCAGCUCAGGCUGUUAUAAACUUCUUGAAAUCGAACGUUCCCAGAUCGGAUGUGCCGAACAUUGAAGCAGAACUAAAGAAAGAGUUUGUAUUCGCCAAGAAGAAGAGCAAGAGUCAACGGAAGAAGCCCAGUAGGAAGAAAGCGCGAUGCUUGACACGAGAAGAAAGGAAAACUCUGGGUUUCUACACUAUACCGAGAAACAGUGUGAAGUACAGUGAUGUCCUCCCAAUGCACUCUAUGUGGGUAGAAUACAUGUCCCAAGUACUGGAACUAGAUAAAUCUGUUCCUUCUCCAACUGGCAAGAACUGGGAUAGCUUCACACAGUCAUUUUACAAAGCAGACUUCCAUGGCAGCAUAUUGCGUGUAGUACGGUCAAAAUGUCCCAGUUAUGUUGGCAAACUUGGUAUCUGCAUAAUGGACACUAGGAACACAUUUAAAAUCGUGUCCAAAGAUAAUGUUGUGACCACAAUACCUAAGAAGGAAAGCGUUUUUGAAAUGCAUUUAAAACAUUUGAGAAUAACCCUGUUUGGUAAACAUCUGUGUGUCCGUCCAGCUGAAAGAUCUACAAAGAAGAUUAAGACACAGCAGCAUCCAGAUUUAAUUUAGUAGUUGUAAAUAAAAAUACAUAAAAAAUA